CGGAUUCCUGAGUCCUCUCCUCCUCCUUCCCUAUCCCUGGGGAGCGCAGCUCCGGCCUCGGGGGCUUCUGCUUCCCGGGACUCGCCGCCACCCCCAUGGCCGUGGCUGAAUUGUACACGCAGUACAAUAGAGUUUGGAUACCUGAUGCUGAUGAAGUUUGGAAAUCCGCUGAAAUAGCAAAGGACUACAAAGUUGGAGAUAAAGUUCUUCAUCUCCUUCUAGAAGAUGGAUCUGAACAAGAUUAUUCUGUUGAUCCAGAAACACUUCCACCAUUACGAAAUCCUGAUAUACUUGUAGGAGAGAAUGACCUCACAGCACUUAGUUAUCUUCAUGAACCUGCUGUCCUCCACAAUCUCAAAAUACGUUUUGCUGAAUCCAAACUUAUUUAUACCUACAGUGGAAUUAUUUUAGUUGCUAUGAACCCUUACAAAGAGUUGCCAAUCUAUGGAAAUGCUAUCAUCCAUGCUUACAGUGGGCAGAACAUGGGAGAUAUGGAUCCACACAUAUUUGCUGUAGCAGAAGAAGCAUAUAAACAAAUGGCCAGAAACAACAAGAAUCAGUCAAUAAUUGUGAGUGGGGAGUCAGGGGCUGGAAAGACAGUGUCAGCCCGAUAUGCUAUGAGAUACUUUGCUACAGUCAGCAAAUCAGGCAGUAAUGCUCAUGUGGAAGAUAAAGUGCUGGCCUCCAAUCCCAUAACUGAGGCUGUUGGAAACGCCAAGACCACCCGAAAUGAUAACAGCAGUCGCUUUGGAAAGUAUACAGAAAUCAGCUUUGAUAAAAGGAAUCAAAUUAUAGGAGCCAACAUGAGAACUUAUCUUUUGGAAAAAUCCAGAGUUGUCUUUCAAUCAGAAAAUGAACGCAAUUACCACAUUUUUUAUCAGCUUUGUGCCUCAGCGCUGCAGCCUGAAUUUAAACACCUUAAAUUGGUGAGUGCAGAAGAAUUUAAUUAUACAAAAAUGGGAGGGAAUACCAUCAUUGAAGGAGUGAAUGACAGAGCAGACAUGAUAGAAACUCAGAAGACUUUCACAUUGCUGGGUCUGAAGGAGGAUUUUCAAAUGGAUGUGUUUAGGAUCCUGGCUGCCAUACUUCAUCUUGGCAAUGUGCAGAUCACAGCCAUGAGCAAUGAGAGAUCUUCAGUCAGCGAAGAUGACAGACAUCUGAACAUAUUUUGUGAACUCUUAGAUGUGGACAGUAGCAGAGUUGCUCAGUGGUUAUGUAACCGUAAAAUCAUCACCACCUCAGAGACUGUAAUAAAACCCAUGACUAGACUUCAAUCUCUAAAUGCCAGAGACGCCCUUGCCAAAAAGAUCUAUUCUCAUCUAUUUGACUUCAUUGUGGAAAGAAUUAACAAAGCAUUGCAGUUUUCGGGCAAGAAACAUACUUUCAUUGGGGUUUUGGAUAUUUAUGGUUUUGAAACCUUUGAUGUAAACAGCUUUGAACAGUUUUGUAUUAAUUAUGCUAAUGAAAAAUUACAGCAACAGUUUAAUCUGCAUGUGUUCAAACUUGAGCAAGAAGAAUAUAUGAAGGAAGGCAUUCCUUGGACUUUGAUUGACUUUUAUGAUAAUCAACCAGUUAUUGAUUUGAUUGAAGCCAAAAUGGGAAUACUGGAGCUACUAGAUGAAGAAUGCUUGUUACCACAUGGUACUGAUGAAAAUUGGCUCCAAAAACUCUACAAUAAUUUUGUCAACAAGAAUGUUUUAUUUGAAAAGCCUAGAAUGUCAAACACAUCCUUUAUCAUCCAGCACUUUGCUGAUAAGGUAGAGUAUAAAUGUGAAGGAUUCCUGGAGAAGAACAGAGAUACAGUCUAUGAAAUGUUGGUUGAAAUCCUGAGAACAAGCAAGUUUCCUCUCUGUGCUAGUUUUUUCCAAGAAAACCCAGGUCCUCCUCCUCCCUUCAAUUCAUCUAUCACGGUCAAAUCAGCGAAGCAAGUAGUCAAGCCAAAUAACAAGAAUUUCCGGACAACAGUUGGCAACAAGUUCCGAAGCUCUUUGUAUUUGCUGAUGGAGACGCUCAAUGCAACCACACCUCACUAUGUGAGAUGCAUAAAGCCAAACGAUGAGAAGCUCCCAUUUGAGUUUGACUCCAAAAGAAUUGUUCAGCAGCUUCGAGCCUGUGGAGUUUUAGAAACAAUCCGCAUCAGUGCUCAGAGCUACCCUUCCAGGUGGACGUACAUUGAGUUUUAUAGCCGCUACGGAAUUCUCAUGACUCAGCAGGAACUUGCCUUUAGUGAUAAGAAGGAGGUUUGCAAGGUGGUUUUACACAGAUUAAUCCAGGACUCUAACCAAUAUCAGUUUGGUAAAACAAAAAUUUUCUUCAGAGCAGGACAGGUGGCCUAUUUAGAAAAGCUCCGGUUGGAUAAACUGAGGCAAGGAUGUAUUAUAAUACAAAAGCACAUCCGAGGCUGGCUCCAGAGAAAGAAAUUUCUCCGGCAGAGAAAAGCUGCUGUGACAAUACAGCAAUACUUUCGUGGACAGCAAACUGUAAGGAAAGCUAUCUCUGCCACAGCCUUGAAAGAAGCAUGGGCAGCCAUCAUUCUUCAGAAGCAUUGUCGAGGCUAUCUGGUUCGAAACCUUUACCAGCUCAUUCGCGUGGCCACCAUAACGAUACAGGCGUAUACCCGGGGAUUCCUAGCAAGGAAGAAAUAUCAAAAGAUGUUGAAAGAGCACAAAGCUAUAAUCCUUCAGAAGUACGCCCGAGCCUGGCUGGCCAGACGCAGAUUCCAGAACAUCCGACGAUUUGUCCUGAACAUCCAGCUUUCUUACAGGGUACAACGUUUGCAAAAAAAACUAGAAGAUCAGAACAAAGAAAAUCAUGGAUUAGUGGAGAAAUUAACCAGCCUGGCCACCACUCAUGCCAGUGAUAUGGAGAAGAUUCAGAAACUUGAAUCAGAGCUUGAAAAAUUGGCCUUUCAAAAGCGAACAUGUGAAGAGAAAGGAAAGAAGCAUAAGGAAGUUAUGGAAGAGAAAUUGGCAAAUCUUCAGACAUACAACAAAGAAUUGGAAAUGCAAAAAGAGAAAAUAGAAAAGAAGCUUCAAGAAAAGACUGAGGAGAUGAAAGAUAAAAUGGAAGACCUUACAAAGCAGCUUUUUGAUGAUGUGCAAAAAGAAGAAAGACAAAGAAUACUGCUUGAGAAAAGUUUUGAGCUGAAAGAACAAGACUAUGACAAACAGAUUCACUCUUUGAAGGGAGAAAUUAAGACUCUAAAAGAAGAAAAAUUGCAACUCCAGCAUCAAAUGGAGGAAGAACAAAUAAUUUCCAAUGGCUUGAAGGGAGAGGUGGCCCAGCUGACCAAGCAAACAAAGAUGAUCUCUGAGUUCCAGAAAGAGAUAGAGCUACUUCAGACACAGAAGAUAGAUGCAGAGAAACAUGUACAAUCACAAAAACGAGAAAUGAGAGAAAAAAUGUCUGAAAUUACUAAGCAACUUCUUGAAAGUUAUGAUAUUGAAGAUGUGAGAAGCAGACUUUCUGUGGAAGAUUUGGAACAUUUAAAUGAAGAUGGAGAACUUUGGUUUGCAUAUGAAGGCCUAAAGAAAGCAACAAGAGUGUUGGAGAGCCACUUCCAGUCUCAGAAGGAGAACUAUGAAAAAGAGAUCGAAGCACUGAACUUUAAAGUAGAACACCUCAGUCAAGAAAUCAACCACUUACAAAAAUUAUUUAGGGAAGAAAAUGACAUCAAUGACAGUAUCCGUCAUGAAGUCACCAGACUGACAUCUGAAAACAUGAUGAUUCCAGACUUUAAACAGCAGAUUUCAGAACUUGAAAAGCAGAAACAGGAUCUUGAAAUCCGUUUAACUGAACAGACUGAAAAAAUGAAAGGAAAAAUAGAAGAACUGUCUAGUCAGUUACAUCGUAAUAUGGAAGAGGAAGGAACACAAAGGAGAACCAUGGAAGUUCAAAAUGAAAUACAUAUCAAAGAAAAAGAAAAUUUGAUUGGUACCAUUAGGGAAAUGCAAGAUGCCAGUGAUCACUUGAAGAAAAAAUUAGAAACAGAAAGUGAAGUCAAGAGCAGUUUCAAGCAGGAAGCAUCUCGUCUCAAUAUGGAAAACAGGGAUCUUGAGGAAGAGUUAGACAUGAAGGAUAGAAUGAUUAAAAAGCUGCAAGAUCAAAUCAAGACACUAACUAAGACAAUUGAAAAAGCCAAUGAGGUGCAUUCGUCUUCGGAAACCAAAGAGUACAUUGGAAUGGUGGAAUAUAAAAAGGAAGAUGAAGCUAAGCUGGUGCAAAACCUCAUUCUUGAUCUGAAGCCUCGGGGUGUGGUAGUGAACAUGAUUCCGGGUCUGCCAGCUCAUAUCCUAUUCAUGUGUGUACGUUACGCAGACUCGCUAAAUGACGCCAGUAUGCUCAAGUCCUUCAUGAACAUCACCAUUAACGGCAUCAAGCAGGUCAUCAAGGAACAUUAUGAAGAUUUUGAGAUGCUGUCCUUUUGGCUUUCCAAUACAUGCCAUUUUCUUAACUGCCUGAAACAGUACAGUGGAGAAGAGGAAUUUAUGAAGUAUAACACUCCACAACAAAAUAAGAAUUGUUUGAUGAAUUUUGACCUUUCAGAAUAUAGACAGAUUCUUAGUGAUGUGGCCAUACGGAUAUAUCAUCAAUUUAUUUUUGUAAUGGAGAAUAAUCUUCAACCAAUGAUAGUACCAGGAAUGUUGGAAUAUGAAAGCCUUCAGGGAAUUUCUGGCUUGAAACCAACAGGAUUCCGAAAGCGGUCCUCCAGCAUUGAUGACACAGAUGCUUACACCAUGACCUCUAUCCUGCAGCAGCUCAGCUAUUUUUAUACUACCAUGUGUCAGAAUGGGCUGGACCACGAGCUUCUAAAGCAGACUGUAAAGCAGCUUUUCUUUCUGAUAGGAGCUGUCACCUUGAAUAGUCUCUUUCUUCGCAAGGACAUGUGCUCUUGUAGGAAAGGAAUGCAGAUAAGGUGCAACAUCAGCUACUUAGAAGAAUGGCUUAAAGAUAAGAAUUUGCAGAACAGCACAGCCAAAGAAACUCUGGAGCCCCUUUCUCAGGCUGCCUGGUUACUCCAGGUCAAAAAGAUCACAGAUACCGAUGCUAAAGAAAUAUAUGAUCGCUGUACUUCACUCUCUGCUGUGCAGAUCAUAAAGAUCCUAAAUUCAUACACACCUAUAGAUGACUUCGAGAAAAGAGUAACUCCAUCCUUCGUCCGCAAAGUACAGGCUCUACUAAAUAGCCGAGAGGAUACAGGUCAGCUGAUGCUGGAUACCAAAUAUCUCUUUCAAGUCACAUUUCCCUUUAUCCCUUCUCCACAUGCUCUGGAAAUGAUAGAGAUCCCCAGCAGUUUAAAACUGGGCUUUCUUACCAGGUUAUGAAAGGAGGAAAAAAUAAAAUCAAUUUUUCCUCAAAAGUUAAA